CCCUUUCUCUAUUUUCUUGUAUCUCCAUCACUGCACACUUCACUAGUUCAAUCUUUUCGCUUUUGUCUUUCCCUGUCCUUUGAUCUACGAUUAUAUCCGUUUCUUUUCUCACUUAUUAACAAACCCAACAAAGAUUAAAGCCAAAUUUCAUUUUCCCUUUUACUUUCUUUCGGGAUCCCUUUGAUUGUUUUCGCUUUCUGAUUUCGGCUUUAUAUUUUGUUUUGGGGUUUGAGGUAGAGCACACCCUUUGAACUCAUGGAGACUGAAGCAGAACACAACUGAGCUGCAGUGACAGAAAUGGGAGACUAGUAGUCCAAACUGUGAAGUGGGUUUUGUUUGUUUUGUUCAGGUUUUAAUGGGUUCCGAACAGAACAGGUUUCCUCAGCAAGAACGGAGAAAGAGAUGGGGAGGAUGUUUGGGUGCAUUCUCUUGUUUUGGUACACAGAAAGGUGGAAAGCGUAUAGUCCCUGCAACUAAUAGGUCUGACGGCAAUGCAUCCGCAACCCAGCCGAAUGGACCCCAAGCAGCUGGGUUGGUAAACCAAGCCACGGGAUUAGCUCCAUCUCUUUUAGCUCCGCCAUCUUCGCCAGCAUCAUUUACAAACUCUGCCCUUCCUUCGACAGCUCAGUCACCCAAUUGUUACCUGUCAUUAGCUGCAAACUCACCUGGAGGUCCUUCAAAUAGAAUGUUUGCGACUGGGCCAUAUGCCAAUGAAACACAAUUGGUAUCUCCUCCUGUUUUAUCAACCUUCACAACUGAGCCAUCCACAGCUCCUCUUACUCCCCCACCAGAAUUGGCGCAUCUAACUACUCCCUCUUCCCCAGAUGUUCCAUUUGCUCGUUUCCUCUCAUCUUCAGCGGAUAUUAAAAGCACUCAGAAGACCAAUUAUAUUGCUGCAAAUGAUCUUCAAGCAACAUAUUCACUGUAUCCUGGGAGUCCUGCUAGUAGUCUCAGAUCACCAAUUUCAAGGGCAUCUAAUGACUGUUCAUCAUCCUUUCCAGAACGCGAUUUCCCCCCACAGUGGGAUCCUUCAGUUUCUCCCCAAAAUGGAAACUACCCAAGGAGUGAUUCUGGCAGGUUGUAUGGCCAUGACACAAAUGGACCCUCUGUUGCAUCUCAAGACUCGAAUUUCUUCUGUCCUGCAACAUUUGCACAGUUUUAUCUGGAUAAUCCACCAUUCCCUCAUACUGGAGGAAGGUUAAGUGUUUCCAAGGAUUCAGAUGCUUACUCAACUACUGGAAAUGGAAAUGGAAGUCAGAACAGGCAGAAUAGAAGCCCUAAGCAAGAUGUGGAAGAAUUAGAAGCCUACAGAGCAUCCUUUGGGUUCAGUGCGGAUGAAAUCAUUACCACCACCCAGUAUGUUGAGAUUACAGAUGUCAUGGACGAAUCAUUUACCAUUGGCUCUCAUAAAUCUCCCCCAAGGGAAAGCAUAGCGCCCAAAUCUGCUGUUGCAGGACGUUCUGACUUGCCAGUAUUGUCCAAUGGAUACGAAGAUAAGAAGUCCCCAAGACAGCCGUGUGAUGUCUCUCGAUCAAGUACGCCUGGUAUGUUUACUGUGACCAAUGAAGAAGAAGACAUAUUCUCAAGGAUGGGGUCGUCUAAAUCAAGCAGAAGGUAUCCGAUGGGGCAAUCUUGUUCAGAUGCAGAAAUUGACUACAGAAGAGGAAGAAGCUUACGAGAGGGCAAAAGGGAUUUCACAUGGCAUGACAAAGAAUAAGCAGCCAACCAGUUGUGUUAUGAGUGAUGCGCUCGUCUUUUGUCUUACGCUUUUGUUUGGGCUUGUGAUUGGUGGAAUCUAUCUAACCUAUGGUCUAACCUGGUCUCUCUCUCAGCUGUCUGAUUGAUGAAUGUAUGUGAAUGCAUCAAUUGAUAUGUAUGUAUUUGGUGGAAUGCGGUUAGAUAAAUGUAUUCGUACAGCGUGGGUUUAGCUUGUA